AUGUCACCAGCUCUUUGGGAAUUGGUGUCUGACGCGGCUGCUCCUGAACAUUAUUUAUUUAUUUAUUUCCUCUUCCUCCCUCUGAGACCCUCCCGUCAGGAGAGCUGCGGCCCGGGACAGAGACAGACAGGAACCACAGGGACGCAGAAGGCAGAGAGGGUGGAGAGGAGGAUCCCUCAGAAGCCCCCACUCGGCUCAUCAAGCUCAACAAGCCUGGCAGGGGCCAUGAGCACCAGGCAGGAGGCCAGGAGAGAGGGGGGAGUCCAGCAGAGGGGACAAGAGGCAGAGCUUCGGGACCGAGCCCACCUGAGCCAGCAGCGCAGGCUCAAACAGGCCACCCAGUUCCUGCACAAGGACUCUGCUGACCUGCUGCCCCUGGACAGCCUCAAGAGGCUGGGCACGUCCAAGGACUUGCAGCCACACAGUGUGAUCCAAAGACGCCUGGUAGAGAGAAACCAGAGCUGGAGCCAGGGGGAGUCUCCCCUGGGGCAGGCCCUGAUUCAUGGCCAGGAGAACAGGAGGAAGACUAGACCAGAGAUUCCAGCUCUUCUGGUCAAUUGCAAGUGCCAGGACCAGGUGCUUAGGGUGGCCGUGGACACAGGUACCCACUACAACCAGAUCUCCACUGGAUGCCUCACCCGCCUGGGGUUAGGGAAGAGGGUCCUAAAAGCCUCAGGGGGGGACCUGGCCCCUGGAACCCCAACUCAAGUGGAGCAGCUGGAGCUGCAGCUAGGCCAGCAGACUGUGGCGUGCUCGGCCCAGGUAGUGGAUGCUGAGAGUCCUGAAUUCUGUCUUGGACUGCAGACUCUGCUUUCUCUCAAGUGCUGUAUCGACCUGGAGCGUGGAGUGCUGAGGCUGAAAGCCCCCUUCCCAGAGCUGCCCUUCCUGCCUUUGUACCAAGAGCCUGGCCAGUGACUGCUGUCCCAGUCAGUCCCCAGGAGGAAGCACUGUGACUUAAGGGAACAGCCAUGUGGGGAAUGGGGACAUUACUACUGCCAGGUAGCUGGGGACUACUUUGUCUGUGCCUUUGUCACUGCCCUGACCCUGAUAUUCCAUUACCCUCAGUCAGCCACGUUCUUCCCUGCUUCUCAGCAACUUCCCUAUCCCCCAGUUUUUUGAGAGAUGGUCCAGGAGCUCGGGGCUCUGCUUUCCCUGUUUUCUCUCAUUGCCUUCCCAAGAAGAGUAGAGCCAAAUCAGGACUGCAGAAAAUGACAAAGCAAAAUGGGGUUCCAGAUUGGGCCCCUGGCAUGGUAGAAACCGGCUGAGUCAAGGGCUGCAGGUACUGUUGUCCUCCACCUGUGCUCUAGCUCCCGCCAAAGCCUCUCCACUGCCUUCACUCCACCUCUGGGCUCACCAUCUUUCACAACUAGACCCGCACCUCACCAACUGGUUCCCUGGCCCAGCUGGUGCCUACCUUUCUGAUUCUGCACACGUGUGCCCACAGUUCAGUGGGGAAAGAAGCACUGAACAGAGUAAUUCAAUACAGUAGGAAGGUGGUUUGGUAGAGGAAUGCCAGCUCACAAGACUAGGAGCUCUGUUACCUUUUCUGAGCUUGCCAAUGUCUGAAGCCAGUUACUACUUGAUUACCCAGUGCAAGCCCUUGGAUAUACCUCUAAUAUUUGCCUCGAUAUUCAUCCUCCUCCACUUGCUUUUUCAUCCACUGGGCCCCUGAACUUAGGGUAUGUGUGCAAGAGCCCUAGAGAGAGCUGGUCCCAAAGGUGGAUGGGAUAGUAAAGUUGUCAGUACUCAGACUUUAACUAACCGUAUUCCUCCUUAUUUCUAGAACUAUCCACCCCAUUAGAUCUUCUUCCUGCCCCUCAUCUCUGGCUUCCAUAGGUGGAGUUUGUCUUGUUUUGGAAUCAAUGGCUUUCUAUCCCCUACCAGGUUCUAAGCCAUGGCAAAGAGACAAGGGGGCUCUUCUGACUUCACUGUGAAGAGAGGAACUCAAUCGUAAGAAGCCAGACCCCUGAGAGUCGUUUCUGCUGGUUUGAGCCUCUCGAAUCAUGGAUGCGGGCUAGA